AUGUUUGUAUCUCGAUUUCUUUUUAUUCUUGAUUUUAUGAUUCCUUGGGAUAUUCCAACAAGUGACGAAGAAAUACCACGUCUAACACAUAUCUAUCGCAAUCAACAUUUUCUCGUUUGGCUUGCAGCAAUGGAUCUCGAAUCUAAAGAUAUCUAUAUUCUUCGAACUGUUGAAUGGAAAAAGAUUAUUGAGAUUGCUGUCGAUCCAAAACGACAACGAGGUCGACGAUCAACGCUUAUAUCCGAUCCGUCACCUCAACAACCGACGAUCUAUGAUGAAAAUUUAGCCAUUCCAACUUGUGCGCUCUACCCACCAACUGGUAAUGCGAUUUUAUCGAUGAAAUCUAAUUCGGCUCAAGUUUUAGUUUGGCGACCCACUUCGGGCCAGCCGACACUUGUCGUACCACCAAAAUCAAUCGAAAUUAAUACGACAAAUUGUGAGUUAUUACUAAUUUUUGUUGCAGAAAGUUCAAUUACCGAAGAUUUGUUCGCUUCGUAG